GUCCUUUACAUCGCACUGCCCCCCUCCAGUCGCCUCUUUCCCUCUCCAUCGCCGCCACCAUGCCUAUGAGCCCUGCCACCUGGGUCAAGAUGAUCGCCACAGGCGGCAUCUUAUGCAUCGGAGGCCCCGCCCUCGUAUACUACGUCUCUCCCACCGAAGAGGAGCUGUUCAAGAGAUACAACCCCGAGCUCCAGAAGCGCUCGCUCGAGAACCGCAUUGGCAAGCAGCAGGAGUUUGACGAUUUUGUCACCCGUCUGAAGGAGUACUCCAAGUCUGACAAGCCCAUCUGGGAGGCUGCCGCCGAAGCCGAACGCGUCCGCAGCGCUGCUGCCCGCGAAAAGGUCAUUGACGAGCAGCGCCAGCUGGCCGUCGACAUUGAACGGCGGCGCCAGAUUAUGCGUGAGUCGGCAGGAGAGAACUAUAGGCAAUAAAUGCGUUUCCGACUUUGGAACCUCACACCCGGUGACCCGGUUUCACUGGGAGCUCGAUUCACGUUUGUGUUGAUAUCAUUUUACUCCAUGCAAGUCUGGGCUAACAAAAAUUAAUUUACUUUUCCGUCCG